AUUAUUUCUCUCUCUUCUUGUCUUCAUAUUCAAUUUCCCUAAUAUCUAUCUUUUGAUCCUAAUAUUUUUCUUUCUUUUUUUUUCAUUUCUCCUGUAUAUUCAACAUAUAAAUUCCCUUGCUUUCUCUUGGUUGACCCAUCUUCUCUCUCUCUCUCUCUCUCUCUCUCUCUCUCUCUAGAUAUCCAGAAACUUGGUGUUUUUGUUUCAUCUUUUUCUCUAUUCAGCAGACUUCUUGUUGAAAAGUUGAAGCUUUUGAUCUAUUUAUCUCAAAGAAUUCAUUUGUGAUUGUGUCCGUUGAGACUUGGUUGGUUUGAUUUGAAUUGAAGAUAAAAAUGAUGAUGAUGACAAUGGAAGGGAUGAUGGAUAAAGCAGUAUUGGAUGAUAUAAUAAGAAGGCUAUUGGAGGGCAGAGGGGGCAAGCAGGUGCAAUUAUCAGAGGGAGAGAUCCGCCAACUUUGUGUCAACGCUCGCCAAAUCUUCUUAUCUCAGCCUAAUCUUCUCGAGAUUCAUGCUCCUAUUCGAAUAUGUGGUGAUAUUCAUGGUCAAUACCUAGACCUCCUCAGAUUAUUUGAACAUGGUGGUUACCCUCCCGCUGCAAACUACCUCUUUCUUGGGGAUUAUGUUGAUCGAGGCAAGCAAAGUUUGGAGACAAUAUGUUUGCUUUUGGCAUAUAAAAUAAGAUAUCCAGAAAAAAUUCACCUCUUAAGAGGAAACCAUGAGGACCCUAAGAUCAAUCGGGUUUAUGGAUUCUAUGACGAGUGUAAAAGGAGAUUUAAUGUUAGACUUUGGAAAAUAUUUUCUGACUGCUUUAAUUGCUUGCCAGUGGCCGCACUCAUCGAUGGGAAGAUACUUUGUAUGCAUGGGGGACUUUCUCCAGAGUUGCAAAAUUUGGAUCAAAUAAGGCAAAUCUCUAGGCCUACUGAUAUUCCUGAAAAUGGUCUCCUCUGUGAUCUGUUAUGGUCUGACCCUGAUGCUAACAUUGAGGGCUGGGCAGAUAGCGAUCGAGGUGUUUCAUGUACUUUUGGACCAGAUAUAGUUGCUGACUUUUUGGAAAAGAAUGAUCUUGAUCUCAUUUGCCGAGGUCAUCAGGUGGUGGAGGAUGGAUACGAGUUUUUUGCUAAGCGAAGAUUAGUCACAAUUUUUUCAGCUCCAAACUAUGGCGGGGAAUUCGACAAUGCUGGUGCUCUAUUGAGUGUCAAUGAAGCUCUUGUGUGUUCCUUUGAGAUCUUGAAGCCAGCUGAUAAUAGAGCAUCUUCAAGCCGUUCUAAUUCUAGGAUGAUGUCUCUUAAGAAACCCCCGAAAACUGGGAAGGCUUGAUGUGGAACGAGGGAUUUCUGGAGAUUUUCUUUUAGUUCAAAUAGGAGAUACAGAAAGCUUGAUUCAUGCUAGAGUUUGAUUCUGUUAAGACAUAGAACUCAGCCUUUCAACGAGCGGAGUGUCCAUAAAUUAAUUGCAACCGGAAGUGUUCUGAAAAAAGAAUCUGUAAAUCAACGGUACACAAAAAUCUUCAAUGCAAGAAACGGAAUUUUUUGCGUUUGGCAUCCUUUGAUCUCUUUUUGCAGCAGCUGAUUGGGUUGGAAAUGAUUUGAGAAAUGUCCUGCCUUGGUUCUUGUUUCAGUAUUUGUAAAUUAUAUAUACCAUUUGUGGUUUGCUCAGGUCUCUCUUAUUAGCAGCAUGCCUCAUUAAACAGCUAAAUUCUGUACAAAACAUGCGAUGUUUCAUUUAAGUCUAAUCUUUAACUUUACAGUAA